AACUCCUUUUCCUUCCAGUCCGCGUGUAGUUGAUGAAGGUUGCUGAAUUGAUUCCCUGCCUUUUAUAGCUAUACUAGUUAAAUACACUGCUUCGUUAGAACUAUGUCGUUCAGUUUCAAUUUCGACGUGCAGUUAACGACAAAGGGGCAACAAGGUGAAGGUGAAGAAAGUAAACCACAAACUGGAAAGCAGGAUUAUGCAGUCAAACCUGUGCCCGGCAACAACAACACCACCACUCCAGCAGAAACUGUCAAAGCAGCUGUUGAACACCACCCCCCUGCAGAUCCCAACUUUCUCCUCAACGAUGCUGUCUCUGAGACUAUUACCAUAGGAACGCUUCCACCCCUCCACUUCCUGAAUGAGUCUGUGUUCGAGCGGACGGCCAGCGAGCGAGAUGACAACGAGAGGAUCCUGUCGCGGACCGCCGCCCAGAGCUCGGACCUCAUCUCCGGGGUGUACGAGGGAGGGUUGAAGGUGUGGGAGUGUACCUAUGACCUCCUGGAGCUGCUAGAGAGGGAGGAGGAGACGUUCGGGGGGAAGAUGGUUCUGGAUUUGGGCUGUGGUGCUGGACUGCUGGGCCUACUGGCGCUAAAGCGCGGAGCAAGUCAGGUCCAUUUCCAGGACUAUAAUAGUACUGUUAUAGAACAGCUCACACUGCCUAACGCACUGCUCAACUGUCAGGUGGAAGGAGAGGAGGAGGAGGAGGAGGAGGAGGAAGAAGUGAAGGGGAGGAAGGGAAAGAAACGGGGGCUGCAGGAGGAGGACGAUGAGACAAUUAUAGAAGAGGACAAGAUGAGAAAGGAUGAAGAGGCGAAGUCCGAUGAGGAGAAGAAGAAUGAACAGAAAAAAGAGGGAGAGGAUGGCAGCCCGUCGCCCAAGAGGCAAGCCCUGGACCCAUCCCAGCAUACGAAGCUGACCUGCUGUCGUUUCUUCUCGGGCGACUGGACAACGUUCCUAGCGCUGGUCCUCAAGGAAGACCUGUUCCCUAAAUAUGACAUCAUCUUCACCUCAGAGACCAUCUACAACACGGCGUACUACUCAGCUCUUCACGACACCCUCCACAGACUGUUGGCCCCGAGGGGAGUGGUCUACCUGGCCACCAAGGCCCACUACUUUGGGGUGGGGGGUGGGCUGCACCUAUUUGAACAGUUUAUAGAGGACAAGGGAGUGUUUGAUAUGGAGAAACUGUGGGAUGUGGACCAGGGGCUACAGAGACAUGUUGUGGCCAUGCACUUCAAAACAACAAUCAAGUCUUGACUUUUUACUUUGUGUAGUUUCAAAUGAAUUUCUACUCAAUGCACCUGGAACUUCUAUGCUACCUACGGUGUGCUAACUUCAAUCAGUUUCAAAUAAACGUUUUCCUAUAAAGAUCACCCGGGUGUCAAUUGUGACAAAGAAACAGGACUUGGACAUAAUUAAAAUGACCGCAUGUUUGACCGAUAAUGAUAAGACAUGUAGAAUAUUUAAGACUUACUGUAGGUCUGGCUUUUUCUUUUUUUUUUUUUUUUUGGUGGUAUAACCUUGUAUGUCAAAUACUGGAGAUGUGCUUCACGAAAAGAUGACAGAGUUUGAAUAGUUUGAAUAUUCGCCAGUUGAAGAAGACAACAGGAUAGCUGCACUGAUGGAGGGAAAGAGGCAGAAGUCUGAUAGAGGAGAUGAGCAGAUAUUCCAUUACCGUGGCAUUAUUCCAUUGUUUCCAUUGUAGUGUGCAAACUAGGCCAAUAUCAAGCAUACCUCAAGUAUUUCAAAGUAUUUUGGCAAGUGUAUUUGGUGCAGGUCGGUUUUUAACAGAACAUUGCUUCUUGUGUUCUACAUACUGUAGAAGUUUCUGUACAGUACUUAAUGUUAACGUGAAAAUGUCUUCAACUCAGUUUCCAUUUGUUAUGUGUAUGUUUGUGAAAUACACUAUAAAGAAAAGCAGAGUUUGUAUUUAUUUUUGAUUGUGGGGUCAUAAGUGGUAGUUGAAGUAGGCACAAUAUACUACCCUAAAGAAGAUACCGUUUCAUGUCAACUUUACCCUUUGUUCACAUACCUCUCUCACUUUCUAUAUUUAUUUAUUUAGAAUAGGGCUAGUGCAGGAGAAAAGUGGAAAGGAAAUGACGGUCUUUAUAGGGGGUAGGGAGGAGGAAAGGAAAUGGGCUCAGUGACCUUUGCAGGUGAUUCCCAAAGUGUUCAAAUAGCACCAUGAAAGCUAGACUUGUUCCUGAAGUCCGCUGCAAAAUGUAAAUUGCGACUUAUCCCAUCUGCCCAAGGACGAGGUCUGAAAGUGGAGUCCGGCGUCACUGUAGUGUAGCAUAUCUAUUCUGCAGUGGGGCUUUUUGUGGUUUCUGUCUCCUAGUUCACCUUUUCACAUUUUGUUCCCCAUCAAUAUUAUUUUGUAUACACUUUAAAGACUUGGCAAUGUCAUGUUACAAUCUAAAGUUAUCAAAGAUAGACGCAUAUCAAAAUGUCUUGUGGCAAUUUUCUAGAAGGGUGACCAUAUUGGAUGUGUCAUCGAAUAAAUAUAGUAAAGUGUCACAAAUCAUGAUUGACACUUUUUUAAUGUAAAAUAUUCACUUAACUUAUUACGGUAAACCUAUGAGUAGGAACAAACAGGGUAGAUUCUGUUGAGGAAGAGAAGUCCGGUAAACCUAUGAGUAGGAACAAACCAGGGUAGAUUCUGUUGAGGAAGAGAAGUCCGAGUGGUAUAGCUAGAGUGGAAUUCCCUUUUAGCUUUAUCAUGGAAAUCUAAAGCUUGUAGAAAUACUGUAACACAGACUGAGAGAAGGGAGGAUAAUGCACAGUAUAACCAGUGGGAGAGAAGGGGGGAUUUCCUAGGAAGAAUAAUAAACAGGGUAGCACCACCUAAGUGGGUUACACCUGUGUUGGUGUCAAUGUAACAUGAUGAGGAAGAAGGAUAACGUGGGUUUUACGGUUAUCGUACGUCAUCUUCCACUUACUGAUAGUUUGUGUACACUUUCAUCUAUGUUCUGUGUUUCGCAUUCAUCUCUGUGUAUGACUAAUCUGUUCCAGUCAUUGACACUUGCACAACUUGAGUGCCCUGUUUCAUCCAAUAAGAUUAAGAUGACUUUAUUGGUCAAUUCCAACUGAAAUUUGACUUCCCCUGUUUCCACCUCAGAAAGAUACACAUACAGUGCCUUCAGAAAGUAUUCAUACCACUUGACUUAUUCCUAAUUUUGUUGUUACAGCCUGAAUUCAAAAUUGAUUAAAUGUGUAUUCUUUUCACCCA